AUGUCGAUUACUCUUGAUGACGUAUCGACAUUACUUCACCUGCCCGUGAUGGGACAAAUGUGUGAUUUAGAGGAGUUGGAGUUUGAGGAGGCUCGUACAGCCCUUGUGCAACUGCUCGGCGUUGAUGGUGGCACAGCAGGUGCUGAGAUGGAGGACGCACGUGGUCCGAAAGUAGACUCAGCUGGCUUAGAGAGAUAUAUGUUCAGAGAAGGAUGCACGAUUUUUGCAAAUAAGAGUGCCAGAUCCAUACGCGUGUCUUACUUAUUGUUAUUUAGAGACGUACACGCGUGUGGCCGAUAUGUCUGGGGUGUUGCUGCACUCGCCUAUUUGUACGAGCAGCUCGAGGAUGCGAGUCUUGCCUCCACGAAGCAGAUGGCUGGAUAUCUGACUCUAUUUCAGAGUUGGAUAUACGAACAUUUCCCUGGCAUUGGGAGGAGGCGGUUGGUGACUUCUUACGAUGAUACCACACCACGUGCCAUGAGGUGGAAGAGCCCUAGGCAGAGUUCCACUCUCGCAGAGAUUCGGUCACAGUUGGAUGCGCUGACAUACAAUGGAGUUGUAUGGCAUCCGUAUGAGGGGCAUCGAGGCAUUCGGCCAUUCUUCGGCAUCUGUAUGUAUUCUGGAUGGAUUCGGAUUGGUGACACCCUUUGUCGUCAUUUUCCUGAGCGUGUGCUGAGGCAAUUUGGGUUUCAGCAAGACAUUCCACGAUCACCGACUACGGUUCCAGAUGCAGAUGUAGUGGCCAUUGAUCAUGUUUGGUUGCACUUCAGAGCUCACGUUGUGAGUAAUGUCAGACAUGCAGCAUCCCCUUCUGACUGUGUCGAUGGGUACAUUCAGUGGUUCAGGAGGGUUUCGCAUCCUUAUAUUAUUGUUGUUGCAGAUGACGCGCGACCGGCUCUUGCGCCUAGACAGCGCCCCAAUGUUCCACAGGAGGCACGACCCCAUCGUAGAUCGUCUCCACCUUCACCAUCUGGCGCCCUGGCUAGAUUUAGGCGAAUGGCGAGAAUGUUACAAUCCUUGAUAUCGUGUCGUCAUGUGACCGAGGGUAGUGUUGCACAUCAGGUGUCAAUGGACCUGCUUUAGAUUGCUAAUGAGGGCAUCGACGAAUAUUCC